GGGCUCCGCUGCUGGCGGCGGCCGAGCAGACGGCGCAGCUCGAGACGGCCGCGUUCGGCGCGCGCGCCGCAGGGGAGCCAGGGGCGGGGUCGCUCAACGUGAACGAGAGACGGCGGGCCUAUGCGCGGCAGUCCACCCACGGGCCCGCUCGCGACACCAUGCACCAGCUGGGGAUCACCGAGCAGGCAGCCGUCCAGCAGCGGACUUCCACCAGCUACAACCGGUUGCUCUCUGCCUUCAGGAUCUCUUGUGACCUCACCAGUCUCACCAUGCCAGCCCGCUCGCUCGACGCUCGGGUCGUGCAGUUCUUCGAUCACCUGUAUCUGGAAGGGAAGGCACCCUCCGCCGGCGAGAAGUUUAUUACAGUCCUCAUGUUGUUCAUCCCAGACUAUCAUGUUCGGGGCCGCCUGCCGCUGCCACGGGCGGGGCGGGCGCUGCGCGGCUGGAGGAGGCUCGCGCCUACCAGUGCGCGCAGGCCACUGCCUUGGGCGGUCUGCUGCGCGGUCGCGGUGCAGAUCCUGGCCGAGGCAGCGACGGUCAGCCUGCCCUACGGCUUCGAGGCAGCCCUGGCCUGGAUCAUGAUGGUGGACACGUAUCUACGGCCAGGAGAGGCGAUGAGGCUCACUGCAGCGCAGGUCUUGGGGCCCUGCGGGAUCGUCUCGGACGUGGUGAUCCACGUAAACCCCGUCUACAUGCUGAGGGCCUCCAAGACAGGCGAGAUGGACGAAACCGCGACGAUCUCGCGACGCUGGAUCGGAGCGUGUCUUGUCGCCCUUGCCUCGAGCCGCCGUGGGCGGCCGUUGUGGCCUCUCAUGCUGUCGCAGCUGAAGGACCUUUUCGAUCGCGCUGCCGCGCGAGUGGGACUCGCGCCGCUCUCGCCAGUUCUCUACAUGGCCCGCCACUCAGGGGCGAGCAUUGACCGCCAGGAGGGCAGGCUGAACCUCGACGAGGUCGCCAAGAGGGGACGCUGGCGCACGCUGAGCAGCGUGCGGCGCUACGAGAAGCGGGGCCUGCUGCAGGAAGUCUGGAACAACCUCAGCGUGCGCCAGCGCCAGUACUGCGAGUCAGCCGCGGCCGCAUUCGCCGACAAGCUCGCG